AUGAGCAUUAGAGGCCCUCCGUCUGCGAAACCCUCUCGACGGCCGCCGAAAGUCAACCCGGAUACCAUCUGUGCUGGCUGUUCGACUGCACGCGAGACGGCUACCGCUAACAGUGAGAUGGACGAAUGGAUCUCUUGCAACGGAUGCAAGAAGUGGUUUCAUAUCGACUGCGCUGGCUUCAGCAAAGCCCACGAAAUCCGCGACGUGGAUAAGUACUUCUGUCAGGCUUGUGAGCCGCAGCACGGUAAGACAACCUACGUGCGGAAGACUACGCGUGCGCACGCUCUAGUCGACUACGCUGAGCUUCAGAAGGGUGUGCUGAAGACCAGUGAGGAGAGCGUGGAGCAUCAUUACAUUCAGCCAAUCAAGGACGGCACGUUUCAGUUCGAUCCGGAGAACUUUCCGCGUAUGCGGCCGGAGAUGGUGACUCGUGAGUUCUUCGAGAGGAGUGGGACCUUUGUCGAGCCUAUCUGCAUUCCAGCCGAGUGGAAUCCGCGCCCAUGGCAAGAGAGGACUGGUAAGGGAAGUGACUUUGACGAGGCGACUGUUGCAGGUUCGGUGCCCGAGACGGCAAUGGCAGAUCUCGAGCUGGGCGACUACGAAUACGACACAGUGGCCGACGAAGGGCAAGACCGGCUGGACAUGGUCAUGCCGGAAGGUCUGACUGUUCGUCAGGUGUGCGAGCUUGUCGGCCCCGAGAUACCGCUGGACGUUAUCGAUGUGAAGACACAGAACUCCGGUGCGAAGUGGAAUCUCGGUCGGUGGGCUGACUACUACGAAGAAAAGGAUCACGAUAAAGCUAUCCGCAACGUCAUUAGUCUAGAAGUCUCGCAAAGCAAGCUCGGCCGCCUUCUUCGUCGGCCAAAGGUUGUUCGUGACGUUGAUUUGCAAGACUCGGUCUGGCCUAUCGAGGAGCGGGAGAAGGGCAAGUGGCCGAAGGUGCAAUACUACUGCCUGAUGUCCGUCGCGGACAGCUACACCGACUUCCACAUCGACUUCGGAGGCAGCAGUGUUUACUACCACAUCCUACGAGGCAAGAAGACGUUCUUCUUCAUCCCGCCGAAGCCAAAGUAUCUGAAGAUGUAUGAGGAAUGGAAUGAGUCUCCGCAGCAAAACUUCACUUUCUUGCCGCAUCAGACGAAGGAAUGCUAUCGGGUGGACUUGAGCGAGGGCGACACGAUGCUAAUUCCAUCUGGCUGGAUCCACGCUGUCUGGACGCCGGAGACGAGUCUUGUCAUCGGCGGCAACUUCCUCACAAGGUUGUCGUACAAGAACCAGUUCAGGGUGGUGGAGAUUGAGAAGGCCAACCACACGCCGAUGAAGUUCCGGUAUCCGUUCUUUCAGCGCAUCAUGUGGUAUACAGUCAUCCAGUAUCUCACCGAAGACCCGCUGCCGGCAGAGGUUAAAGAGGCAUUCACGCGCGGCAAGCAAUUCGAACGUUCAGUACCGAUUUGGCAAGACUUCGACGGCGAUAUUGCGGCCAAAGAUCCUCGACCGGGAGCGCAGAACGCACGCUAUUACUCCCAAGCCGAAGUCGAUGGGCUCCCAGACCUUGUCAACUACAUAUGGCGCACCGUCAUGGUCGUCCUCGGCCGGGUCGAAGGCAUAUCCGAGGACCAGAAGAAGCGAGUGUAUGCCAGUAUUCCCAAAGGUUACGGCGACCCGCUCGAGAUUGCCAAAACGUUCGCCUUGUGGGUCGCGCUAAAACGCGGGAACGAGGAUCCGCCCGCUUUCGCGCACCCGGACUUUGCAAUCGAGAACGUCAGGGAAGACGCCCCUAAAAAGUUGUCUGCGCGCGCAUUGCGAGACCUGGAGCGCAAGGAAGCGAUUGCGGCAUGGAGGAUUGCGCCUGAUAGACAGAGUGAAAGGUCGAGGGGCCCAACGCCACCAGAUGUGAAGAUGUCGCAUCCAUCUCCGCCUCAUCAUCAGGAGCAGACGUCGGUGCAUCAAAGCGCACCCGCUGUUGCAUCGCCGGCUGCGCUCAUGAUGUCGCCAAUGCCGGGCGCGUAUUUCAGCACGCCCAAGACUUCAGUGCUGGGCCCCAAGCGCGUGGCUUGCGAUGCGUGUCGCAAGCGGCGCAUCAAGUGCAAACAUAAGGAUUUUGUAAUGCAGACGACGCCGGAGCUUCUUAAUCAUGCGCCGGGAUAUGGCAGUCCGAAUGCGCCGGAGAUGCACGAUAACAUUACUGUCACGCCUAAGCAGGGACCGUACCAUCUGGACGGUCAGCAGAAUGGGAUGACGAAUGGAUAUCAUUUUGAUGGUGUGCCUACCGGUGAUGCGGGGCCGCUGCCGGGAACGAACGCUUAUGUGAAUGCGAAUAUACCGAUGACGAUGAACGGGGUGCCUAUCUUCGGCGAGGCGGCGAAGCGAGGGAGGAGUAAGGCUUGCUUUGAGUGUCGUAGGUCGAAGCGGAGAUGCGUCCAUGACGAGAACGGCAAUGUCGAUCCCGUCAAAGCUGCAGAGACACCCACGCCGAGAGGCACUGCCAAGAAAUAUUCCAUAGGCGAAGACGGCAGUCCAGACCCGGCGCAGAAGAAGCCCAGGCGGGAAAGC